CAGGGUUCUGUUGUUAGAUGUAGAUCAUAUUUUCAGAAUCUAGAUCCUUGACACGUCUGUCAAAAUCUAUGAAAUAACAAUGGGUCUUUUUGGAAAAACUCCAGAGAAAAACCCAAAAGAGCAGGUACAAGAAUGGACUCAUAAAUUAAGAAAAGAAAGCUAUCAGCUAGAUCGACAGGUUAGGGCCAUUCAACGAGAAGAAGAAAAAGUAAAGAAAUCCUUGAAGGAAGCAGCUAAAAAGGGGGACAAGGAUGUUUGUAAAAUCCUUGCCAAAGAAAUCAUCCGUGCACGAAAAGCAUGUAAUAAAAUAUACACGUCAAAGGCACACUUAAAUUCAGUUUCUUUACAAAUGAAAAAUCAACUGGCUGCAAUUAGAGUAGCAGGUUCAGUUUCUAAGUCAACUGAAGUUAUGCAAGCUAUGCAAGCUCUUAUAAAAGUACCCGAAGUAGCAGCUACGAUGAGAGAAUUGUCCAAAGAAAUGAUGAAAGCAGGAAUUAUUGAAGAAAUGCUCGAUGAAACUAUGGAUUCGAUAGAAGACUCCGAGGAAAUAGAGGAUGAAGCAGAUGAGGAAGUUGAUAAGAUUUUGUGGGAACUCACUGCUGGGCAAUUAGGUACGGCGCCUGCAAUUGUAACAGAAACCCCUGGUGCUUCAACAUCUAAAGAAGAACCUGAAGAAGCUUCUGAUACAGAAUUAGAAGAAAUGAAAAACAGGUUACAAGGUCUCCGGAGUUAAAUUGAUGAAACAAAUCAAUUGAAUAAAUUUAAUUCGUGCCUACAAUUAGUAAAUCAGACGCUUUUCCAGUAUUCAAUAACACACUUGCUUAAAGCGUUCUUUCGCACUGAUUUUAAUUACUGUAUUUAUUUUUUCUUCUAGAUCGAUUUAGGUCAGUAUUGAAAAGAUAAAUAUUUCAGAGUUUAUUAUUUAUCUCUUAUAAAUAUUGUACAUUUUUAUUUUCAAGAAGCUGGCUUCAUGUCUGAUAAGUAGCUGCAAUGAUUCAUUAGAAAUUAUAAUUAAUAUUUAGUAUUUAUACCAAGCAAUAAUCAACAAUUUAAAACAUUUGACAAAAACAAAAAUUAAAUACAAAUGUUAUAUUUUUUGUAACAUUUUUAUAAAUUGUCUUCACUUUAUUAUCGAUUGUAAUUUAAGAAUUGAUUUGAAUGUGUAAAUAACAAUACUUAUUAUCAAAAU